AUGAGGUUUCCUCGAGAUGGUCCCGAGCUUAAAUCUUGGGUCGUGAUCGUGUGGGCUCUGAAUACUGCCAAUGUCGUCUUGGUUUGCCAUGGCUUGUACUACUGGGCGUGGAGCUUGGUCGUUGGUACAGCAAUGACAGGAAUCAACGUACAGCACCAAGUUCUAGCAAAACGGUCUGUUGCCAUCUCUCCUGGACAGUUACUAAUGCUGAUUGCCAAGAACAAUGAUCAGCUCGUUCUCUGCUUCAGCAGUAUUGAAUCAGCCGUGGUUCAGUGCUUCUUCAUGAAGCGGAUAUAUAAAUUGUGUCAAACGCGCCUGACAAGAUAUACGUUGCCUAUAACUAUGGCCCUUCUUGUUCUUGCCCACUUAGUGCUGGGUGCUCAAACCAUGGUCAAAGUGAUAUCGACGUUUGAGAGUUCUUCCCUCGAUUCCUUGGAGGCUCUCGCGUUCUCUACUACUUUGCCAUACAUGGUCCUCGCUGUUGCGUCGGAUGGUUUCCUUGCCGGCACACUGACUUUGAUGUCCCGUGGGCGAAAUCCGGAAUGGGACAAAUCCAUAAUGACUUUGUUCAUACAUCAAGCCAUAACACUGCUCAUCAACCGAUGUGUCCUCAUCGCUGUGGCCGCGAUAGCUCGACUCGUCAUGUUCACCAUUUUGCCCUGGACCGCCUGGUUCAUCGUGGCGGAUUUUAUCAUGGGCAAACGCAAGUAG